UCUUCGACAGUAUAAAUACCCGUCAACCGUCUAUUGGAGGUGAGAAUGUGUAACUUAGGUUGUUGGAUACACAUGUGAUUGCAGUUGCUUCCAGUUCCUGAUCAGAAAAAAACUGUUGACUAGUUUAGUCAUCUUGAGAAACCACAAUUGAAUAAAAGAAAUAUUUUCCCGAGCCAUUAAAAGUGUUGACAACGUCUUCUUCAAACAAUUCAAGAUAAGAAUUCAGUCCAUCUUUAACGGAAUGCCACGAAAACAAACACGCCAGGCUUCGAGGAAGCGUCUUUGGUUCAACGUYGUUGAAUUUGAUAAAGAAACUGGUCGGCCAUUAUGGCGUAACAAGAAGACCAAGUUAGACAACGACCUUCCACCUUGCAUCAUAGAUCCAACGUUCACUGCGUUGCURGAGAAGCUACGAGAGGAGACGGAGAGCGCUUUGAGAAUGAACACAACGAAUGUAAACACACAGACACCAUGUUCAAUGGUUUGGAGRAACAACAAAGCGUCGUUUAGAGCGUGUGAACCUGCCAAGACCUUCCCUCCACAACGGAAUUUCUACAGAAAUAUGCCUUGUCAAGAGACUAUGCCACCUUCACCUAAACUUGUUAUGCAGUUCCAACCAUUCUCUCCCUUGACGCAUCCCGACAACGAACCCCUMGACAUGCAAAAGAGACAAAUUCAAGAUUUUAUGAAGAUGAAACAAGUGGACUAUGGAAGAGGUUGCCAAGGGAUGACAGAAUUUGACAGCAGGAAAAUAAGCARAAGUUGCUAUCCAAAUAGUGAUGCUUAUGUACCUGACGCAGACGUCUUAGCCAGCGAUUGGGAUAGCACUGUAAGACUCCACCACGUCGACUAUGAUAAACCAUGUACGUACGAAAAUAAUUGUGACUUUAAUUCCGAUCAAAAAGUCCCUUUGGCAAUAUUCUAAAUUGAACAAUCGAGCAUUGAUAACACAAAAAAAGUUUUAUGCUUUGUAAAUAAGUAUUGUAAAUAUAAUGUAGAUACUUUCAUACGUUUUGAAGGUCAUUUCUUGUAAGUACGUUCAAUAUUUUAUAUCAUCUAAGUUUGAAAAACUAUGUAAUACAUGCAGCACGAAUAUAUUUUUUGACACUCUUACGUACGUUGUAUAUUGUAGCUACAUUCAUAUAAUGUGAUAUUUUCGCCUUUUUAUAGACUUCAAACUGCAAAAUUUACUGAUAUUUGCAGUGUUCAGCACAUUGUACAUAUAGUGUAAUGGAUCCUAGCUUUUUAUAAAAAUAAUCRUGACGCGUUUUGAAUUUUGAGUUGUACACAAGAAUCAUAUUCAGCUUCAAAAAGUACAUUAGUACAUAAUUUUUUWAAAAAAUGCUUCACUUUUCAGAGGACGUCUUUUAACACAAAAAAURGAGGGAUUUCCAUACACUAACACAAAAUUGUUCACAAAACUGUUUUUGAUAUUAACAUAUUUCGUGGUUUCACAAGGAUAUUCGUAGUUUUUGUUUUAGUUUGUAGUAAUUCAGUUUAAGGACAAAAUUUUACUCAUAAAUCCUCCAUAAUUACAUGGCAACUGGUUUAUGUAUUGUAUAUUUAAGGUAAUAAAGUAAUAAAAAGUCUUGUUAUAUUUGUCUUAUCA